CAGAACACAUGACUUCCGUUUCUCAUGUAAACAAAAAAUGACAGGUGCGAUUUCAUCUCACUUGGCUCUUUUAACUGUAUUAUGGGUGGAACUUGCAGCGGAGCGUCUUUGAAAAACUUACCCAAGAAAAUUCUUAUUGUUGGAAACAGCGGGGCAGGAAAGACCCAUUUGCUAUACAGUUGGUUACUAGGAAGAAAUGACCUUGAAACGGUGCCAACAGAUAGCUUCAAUGUGGAGAGGAUAGUUUCCAGUACUUGUGUGUACAUGAUGUGGGACCUUUGUGGUUGUAAAGACUUUCGUUUGAAACGACGGCAAUUCUUCCAUGGGACCGAUGGUGUAGUGUAUGUCAUUGACCCAAAAUCUGACUCUGUGGAUGCCAUUGAUGAUUUGACCCUGGUGUCUUCAGACAGAGACCUCCAUCAUCUUCCUUGCCUUGUCCUCAUUUCUAGAAGAAAUGAUGUGAAAACCGAUUGGCUUGUUCGAGUGAAGGAUGCUCUGAGAAGUCACAGUGGUGCAACACAUGUCAUGGAUGUGGAUAUCGUAGAUCAGAAGUCAAUUAAUGAUGCUCUUCGUCAGCUGGACAGAAUGUUCGCCCCAACCAACGGUCACCAGUAGUGAAGAUCAGAAAAUAAUUACGCAAUUUCAAAUAGAUAGGAGCACCUCAUCUUUGUUAACAAUGUUAAAAACCGUGUGAGGCAACACUAAUUCCUUCUACUGGGUCAGAAACUGAGUGCCAUGAACCUGGAAAUUUUUUUCCAUGUCAAGUUGUAGUAUCAGAGAUUAAGUUCUGUUUACAGUGAAACAUGACUUCAGUAAACACACUUAUAAUGAUUUCAUGUUUACAAUGAAGUCAUAUCAUUUUCCCUAGUCUUAAAAUGAAAUCAAAAUUGUUUGUCCUUGUCGCUUCCUUUAAUAUGUUUUUCUGUAUCUAGUCCUUGCAAAGGUUUGGCUUUGUCAAAUAACAAGGUUGUAAUUGUCUGGUGAUGUUUUUAUGCUGUACAGGUACAAAUGUAUGUUCCAUAGAUUCAAAUUAUAGUGAUGUCCGUGAUUUGAAGACUAAAUCAGGUUGUAAAUAAGCGAAAUUUUUCAAUGCCAUAAUUUCAUAGCCACUAGAACAGGUAGAAAUGAAAUGUGACAAACAGCUAGUGUUUUCUGAAUCUCUAGCAAGGUGCAGACUACCGAGUUCAUGAUACAUGUAAUUUUGACAUAAAAUCCAAAUACAGUGUACAAGAAAAAAUCAAAGGUAAACAUAUGAAUAGAGGUUAUCUUCAUCAUAUAAUUUUAAAUGUGCUUCAAUCAACGAGGAGUAGGGUUUAUUUUUGCAACUAUAAGCUAAUAUAUCUGAACGUAAUUUAAAUACUGAUGCUAAUUUGAAAAUCAUGAAAUUUGAUUUGCUGGUUGGUACUUACAAAAGCUUGAAUUGUUUCCCCUUUUUUUUUUAUGGAGAAAGAAAAUCAUCUUUAAUAAAUCAUUACCACAAGUUA